UUAACACUGAUGAACUCUUCUCUGAUACUCCGGCUGGGCUACAAUGAAACAUUUUUGUUACUUUGAAUGACUCUUUUAGCUCUUCGCCCCGUGUGUGGAGCCACCGUGAGCCGAUCCGUGGCUUGAACUUAGCUGACAGGCAUUUGCUCAUUUGUACAACAGAGCUAUGGCCAGUCCAGAGGACGUGAUCGAGCCGUUGGCAGAGAGCGCAGCUGCCCAAAGCCUUCUUAGACGACGCUUCUCACACGACUGCCACAAUUUCACUAAAGACGAGCUAGAUGGCCUCAUGUCGCGCAGUGAAGGACGUCCUUUCAUCGUGGUGCAUCGUCUUUCCGAAAUAGAAGAUGAGGGUAUACCUUAUUUCAUCCCUGAUGUUCCUGUUAAAUGCAGACUGGACAACACAGAGAAGCACACUACACGCUCAAGGUCCAGAAUGGCGAAUGUUAGUAUUGGGACCCUGUAUACAUUGCAUCUAACACAUGGCCAGUUCCACUGGACUAUAAAGAGGAAGUACAAGAACUUUCAGGAGGUGCAUCGUGACCUUUACAAGCACAAGAUGAUGCUUCAUUUACUCCCUAUUGGAAGAUUUGCAAAGGAGAGGCAGCAGCUGAGAAAUGUGUCGGAAGAAAUGCCCAGCCUACAUGGGACUGAGCGGGCCAGAAGAACCUCCAGCAAAGUGAAAUACCUUGAGGAGUACCUGAAUUGUCUAUUGGAGAGCACAUUCUGUAGAAAUUAUAGCAGCAUGUUGGAGUUCCUCUCUAUCAGUCCCCUCUCCUUUGUCUCUGAUCUUGGACCCAAGGGCUUGGAGGGAUAUAUCUUGAAGAGGUCAGGGGGUCACCGAAUCCAAGGCCUGAACUGUAUAGGCCAUCAUCAGAUCUGCUUCCGCUGGUCACGCCGCUGGCUGGUGGUGAAAGACUCUUUCCUGUUGUACAUGAAACGAGAUACUGGCAGCAUCAACUUCGUGCUGCUGUUUGAUCCAGAGUUCAAAAUGAAAGUGGGUCGUGCUGACACAGGCACCAAAUAUGGAGUCUGCUUUGACAACUAUACUCGGAAUUUGAUUAUCAAGUGCAACAGCUAUAGACAAAGUCAUUGGUGGAGUUAUGAAAUCAACCGUCUGGCAGAAACAUGUGACUUUCUCAAAUUGCAACGCUUUGAUGGAUUCGCUCCACCACGGGAGAACACGCUCACUAAAUGGUAUGUGAAUGGAAGUGGUUACUUCGCCGACCUGGCUGAUGCUCUCGAACAAGCCAAGGAGGAGAUUUUCAUCACAGAUUGGUGGCUCAGCCCUGAAUUGUUCCUAAAGAGACCAGCAACUAACAACUACUGGCGGCUCGAUGAGAUCCUCAAACGCAAAGCAGAAAUGGGAGUCAAAGUUUGUGUAUUGCUGUACAAAGAGGUGGAGAUGGCACUUGGCAUCAAUAGUGAGCACAGCAAGAGGACUCUAAUGAAUAUGCACCCAAACAUCAAGGUGAUGCGGCAUCCUGACCACAUGUCUUCUGUGGUGUACCUAUGGGCUCACCAUGAGAAAAUGGUGGCCAUUGACCAAACAGUAGCCUUUGUAGGGGGACUUGACCUGGCUUUUGGGAGAUGGGAUGACAGCCAGUAUCACCUAACUGACCUUGGUUUGACAGAGACGACCGACAGGGUAACUGAAGGCGAAAUGAGGAAUGAUGUAGAUGGCAAUGGUAUGGCUGAUGGCUCUAAAACAUCUGAGCCAGAUAAGCAAGGAGAGCAGGACCCACAUGAUUUGGCUGGUAACACUAAACUGUGGCUUGGCAAAGAUUACAAUAACUUUAUCAAGAGAGACUGGGUCCAGCUGGAUAGACCAUUUGAAGAUAACAUUGAUCGUACUACAGUUCCUCGCAUGCCGUGGCGUGACCUGUCUGCUGCUUUUCAUGGCAAAGCUGCCAGGGAUGUAGCCCGCCACUUCAUCCAGCGCUGGAAUUUUACCAAGAUCUUCAAAAUCAAGUACAAAGACGACUUCUACCCUUACCUUCUUCCCAAGUCUCAUUCCACUGCUGACUCUCUGCCAUUCACGGUGCCUGGGUCCAAGAAAGCCAAAGUGCAGGUGCUGCGCUCUGCUGAUCGUUGGUCAACUGGAACCUGUGAGAGCUCAAUCCAUAACGCCUACAUCGACACCAUCAAGAAGAGUGAACACUACAUCUACAUCGAGAACCAGUUCUUCAUCAGCUGUUCCGACCAGAAGACUGUCCAUAAUGGCAUUGGUGAUGCAAUCGUAAAUCGAAUUCUGCGUGCCUACAGAGAAAAGAAGAAGUACAGGGUGUAUGUGGUGGUGCCUCUGCUUCCUGGAUUUGAAGGAGACAUCAGUACAGGAGGUGGAAAUGCCAUUCAGGCUAUUCUGCACUUCACUUACAGGACCAUGUGCCGAGGGGAGUUCUCCAUCCUGUCGAGACUAAGCGAAUUGAAGGAUCAGUGGACAGAGUACAUCACACUGUGCGGAUUGAGGACGCAUGCCCAGCUCUCCGAGUCACCUGUCACAGAGCUCAUCUAUGUUCACAGCAAGACCCUUAUUGCUGAUGACCGCUGCUAUAUCAUUGGAUCAGCCAACAUUAAUGACCGUAGCAUGCUGGGCUCCCGAGACAGUGAGUUGGCAGUAUUUGUGGAAGAUGAAGAGAGGGUCCCAUCCAUCAUGGGAGGGGAGGAAUACCAGGCAGGACCACUGACACUCGCUCUACGCAAAGAGUGCUUCAGGGUUCUUGUUGGAGCUGCUUCAGACCCCAGUAUCAAUAUUGAUGAUCCAAUCAGUGAUGAAUUCUUCUUCUUGGUUUGGAAUGACACUGCUAAAACGAAUGUUAACAUUUAUGACAAGGUGUUCAAGUGCCUGCCCUGCAACAGUGUCCAUAGCAUACAAGCCCUGAGGGACUAUUUGAAUGUGACUCGCCUCUGUGACACAGACCCCGAGCAGGCCAAAGAGGAACUAAAGGCCAUCCGAGGACUGCUGGUCCAUUUCCCCUUAAAGUUCCUGUGUGAGGAAAACUUGCUGCCUCCACGGAACACUAAAGAAGGCAUGGCUCCUGUAGGGCUGUGGACAUAAGCAGCAGCUCAGCCAUGUUCAGACCACUACAUGACAAUGCAACUGCUGCUGUACUGCAACCAUCUUUCCUGUAGUCAGCGCAGUAAACAAAAGGAGUUACAGCACCAGCACUUGAAUGGUGAGAGGUGGAGAGAGGUGUUACCCUUACCAAAUUUAUUAAUGAUCCACUUAUGAUUACUUUGUCUUUUUGAUUGACAAUGGGCUAAUGUGACUGACGUUAGCUACUGACAUGCAAAUUUUACGAUGUCCUGUCUAUAUUAGGUUGUGCUGACCAAUUUGUUUGUGAUGUCUGCUUUAUAAUAGCUUCAGUGUGAUCUGAUCUGCAUGUCUGGCGGCGGUGCAGAGCACAGAUAAAUGAAUGUAUGAGUCAGGAGAGGAUUGCAAGGUUGUAUUAGAAAUCAAGCAUCUCACAUGAUCUGGGAACAUAGUGUACAUUUAUUGGUGCACGAUUUUUGGGUGGGUGGGUGACUCUCUCUCUCUCUGUGUCUCUUUUCUCUCUCUCUCACUCUCUCCCUCUGAGGCUUCACCUCUCACUGCAGUGCCAGAAAAUCUGUCAGAACAUUUGUGGUUGUUAUGGUGACGGAUAUAAAGAGAUGACUGGAUUGUAGCUGAAAUAAAGACUGGAUAGGGCAGAAUAGGGAGAGUGCUGAUAAGAGGUACAACUUACUAAAUCAGGAUGGUGCACUGGGAAAAUGGAAGCUAAUAUUCUGCUAGGGCUGCUGACCAUUUCUGGAUAUAUGAUCAGGUGGGAAAACUGUGAGAGCGGAAGAAAAGCAGAACAAGAUAAUUAAAGGGUGUUAGGUUGAUUUCCUGCUAAUUGUUGCAUUUUUUUAAGUCUCCAUGACACCCUAGUGAUUUUUUUUUUCACCAUGCUGUCGACAUUCCAGAACAGAACAUUCCACUGCCCACUUGAGACCACUGAAUAUCUCAGCUAUUUUUAUGUUGGGUCCAGCAUCUUUCAUGUGUACCGUAUGUUACAUUUGCUCACAGACAUAGCCGUUUGUUUAGGUCCACUAUUUUUAGCCAUAACGCUGACUUGAGUUGUGCCGUGAUGUCAUUUUCACGUUCUCACUGAUUGCCAUUUUGGGGAAUCACGGGGCUUUUUUUUUUGAAAUGUCAUUCCCUUGAGCUGUGACCAAGCCGUGACUGCUGUUGGGAAGUCUUUAAAUGUCUUCUACUGGAUACAUUUGUAGCACUGCUGGUGAAAAUAGACAGGAAACCUUCCCUCUUUUGUGUCAUUGCAUUGACUGAGAUAUAAUGUAAUAAUUCAGCAGUAAGGUACAGUAUGUGCUGCCUUCCUCAAGAAGAAAAACAGGAAUUGGAUUCUAAGGGUUGAUGGAAAACCAAAGCGAUGGGGAAUGUACAUUUUUCUGCAACUUUAGAUUGUGCAUUCGGGCAAAACUGUAACUCAUUUUUCAAUAUCUGAACGCUGGGCCAAGUUUUAUUACAUGCACUUUCAUCACAAGUUUUUUACAGCAACAAACAGCAGAAGGGGACAUAAAGGCCAGUCUGUAAAACUUGUGAAUGGGACUCUGUUUUAUAUUCCUAGCCUUGUGCUAGUGUUAUGACUACUGUGUGUGUGUGUUCUGGAGGGGGGUUGAGCCCUUGCACGUUUCUUUUAAAGAGACCAGAUAAAAGAUGACCCAGAACAAUGCAAUGACAGCAAAUCACAGUUAAGUGAAUAAUCCAGACUGUUGUAUGAGCUUCUGACACACACCUAUGAGUGAACAACAUUACCUUGGCGGUUCCAUUGCAAAGCUGUCUGUGAAUGCGACAGGUGCCCCAUGUGACCAAGUCUACAUGAAGUGUCUCUCACAGGAUUGUUGUUCAGUUAAAGCAUCUGUGUUUAGAAAUAUGGAUGCUUACCUAUGUAAGAUAUUAAAAGACACUAGAAGCCCUUCCAUAUAUAUAUAUAUUUUCUACCCUCUUUCUUGCAGCCCAAAGUGGUUGUCUUAACUGGUGUCCCUUUUAAGUUCUGCAGAAAUGCCUGUAAUAUACUGAAAAGUGACCUUAUACGGUUUCUCUCAUGAAUUGUAUUUUUAAUAGACCAAUAAUCAGCAUUCCCAAACCACUUUUAUAAAUUUAUUACUCAUUGAAAUGUGUUUGUGUUCAUCCCUGAGAGUCACUGUGUGAAACCUUGUCUCUGUAGAUCAAUGUCAUUAACUUAUAAUUACCAAUGUAUAGGGUUACUAACACUCAGGGGUAAAGAGCGAUGACCAAUAUUCUUAGUCUUGUUAGUGCAAUUAUGAGCAACUUGUAUUUUAUUCUGUUUUUUUAACAUGAACUUGUUUUUUAUGGAUCCGAAUAUCUACUCUAUUUGAAAAAUUGACUUUUUUCAGCCUUCUCUUGUAUUACUUUUGUAAACGUUAGUGCUUUUUUAAAAAGUAAAGACUGCAUUCAA